UCGCCAUUCAUCUUUGGCGGAAUCGCGAACCCAUCAAGAUGAGCAAGACGUUCCAGGAAGCUUCGCACGACUACUUGCUCGCCCGCCAGCGCAUGAAUGAAAAGGUCAACAUGUGCAAGGACAUUGAGGUCAAGAUGACCGAAAUCUUGCACCAGAUCCAAGACGCGUAUGCUGCCCGCGGCGAUCAAGCCAAGACAGUGGGGUCCUUGUCGCUCUCAAUCGUCGCCGCCGAAGGCGACAUGCCCGCUGGCACCGUCAUCAAGGUGUAUGUGGAGCCCGAAUCUUUUCCUGACUUUGAGGAAAUUGACGAAUCCAACGAAGAGAAGAAGAACCAAGUGGCAUGGGCCGAUAAGGACGUGUUCCCUGCCACGUUUGUGUUCGAAGCAGUGCAGCAACGCGAAGCCGUUGCAUACAUCACGGUAGGCGAAGACAACGACGAUGCCACGCCUUUGAAGGAAUUUACAAUCCCCAUUGCCUCUCUUUUCCGCGAAAACGUCGACGCUUGGUUCAACUUGGCCAGUGGUGAGGCCGAACCCGUUGCGAAAGAACCCGAAGCCGCCGUCGAAGCUCCUGCUACGACCUCCACCCAAUCCACUACUGAGACCGUUCUUGGCAUCGCUCCUGCCGCUGCGGCAUCCACGGAAGCUGUGGCCACUUCUGAUGCAGCCGAAGUGGAGGUCCCUGCAGAAACUCUCCACGAAGCGGUCCAAACACCACAAACUGAGGAACCUGCGGCAGAAGCUGCCACUGAGGAAGAAGCUAAGGAAGAAAAGGUGACCCCUGUCGAACAAGCCGAUAAGGUUGAAGAGGUUGCCGACGAAAAGGUCGAAGCAGCCGAAGAUCAGAAUGAAGAGACCAAAGAGGUCGUCGUGACAGAGAGCGAAGUCGCCGCCGUCGUGACCGCAGUCGUUGCUGAAGAUGAAAUGAAGGAAACUAUCGACGCUGACGCCGCUGAGGUCGCUCCCGUCAAGGAAGCUGCUGCCCCUGUCGUCGAAGGCCGCGUGCGAGUCCAGGCGUCGUUCGAACUAUCUGAAAUCGAGUUCCUCGCCCAGCAAGCCGUCGCAUUGUCGAAGGCCAAGGCGGACAUGGAUGUGGAGAUUCGCUUGUGCGACCAAGAGUUAAGCUCGGCGCGCAUGCGGUAUGAACGAUUGAAGGCAAGCCAGAAACCGACGCCUUCCGGUGCCGCCACUGCCAACAGCCUGCUUGGCGGUCUGAAGUCCAAGUCAGCUUUCGCGCGCACCCCAGCCAAACCCCAGACCUUGUACGAGCGCACGACGGCCGCCCUGUCGUCGACGUUCACCCCUCAACGCCGUGCGUUGGCAUGGAGCGUCACGUUUUUUGUGGUCGUCUCGGCGGUCUUCCACACCAACGGCGACGACCUGUUGAUUUAAAUUCGUGCGAGAACAAAUAGAACCUUAUCUUUCCGUCAA